AGCUGAAAGAGGAUGAUAUAAAGCAGUGGAUGAAGAAAGUUGAAAUGGCUUCAGAGUUUGCUGUAGCAGAGGUGUUUUCCUUGAAAAAAACAAACAGUGCUAAACACAGUGCGGCUCUGCAGAGCAUAGAGCAGCUACAGGAUCAUGAUGAUGCGUACAGCGAAGCUCAGUCUAUUCUGAGCGAGUGGAUGAACCGGAAGUUACGUCUAGAGCUUGAAAUGGAUGAUGAUGAGGAAGAGGAGAUGAGUUCCUGUAAAAUGGACCAUUCAGAAUCCAAACAAUUAGUUAGGACCACACAACCCAGCUAUAAUAACUUUGAUGAGUUGUACUCUCAUCUGGCACAGGAAGAGGAGAACUCUGUAGUUGAAAAUUUCCUCCAGGACCUGAUGGAAACAGAAGUGCUGGACGGUCGUUUGGUGGAGGAUCUCGACAUGAACUCUGACAGCAUUAAAAAGACAGGGAUAGACCCUAGCAUCACCAUGGAAAUGCGCCAUAAACAGGUCAAGGAGAAUCGCGCACGUAGAGAUGCAGAGCGGGAAAAAUUGCGCAGAGAGAAGGAGAUGCUGAGGGAGGCACGGGAGGAGGCGUGGCGACUGGAACAGGAGAAGCAGGCAAGGAAGAGACAGGAGGCGCGUGAACAGGAGGUGAUGAUCCAACAGGAGAUGAUUCGCCUGCGCAGAGAGAUGGAGGAGCAAAGGAGUGUGGAGCUGCUUGCACGAAACAUGGAGAGAGACCGGCUUCAAAAACAAAGAAAAGGCCCCACCGAGUGCCCUGUCGUUCAAAAACAUCCACAUUUUAUUCCACAAAAGAUAAAGGACAGAGACCUUCAGUUCAGACAGAAGAAGCUGGAGGCCAAAGUUCACCUUCUCAGUUUACAGUGCAUGCAGAGACAUUUUUCUGCAUGGUACUCGGUGGUAUUGGAAAGAAGGGUGCGCAUGGGCAAAGCAUCGGCACUGUGUGAUUGGAGGAGGCAGUUGAGGGCGUGGCGGGCAUGGCGGGCUCUUGUUUGGGCCAGAAGAGAGGAGAGAGAAGCUCAGAGAACUGAAGAAGAGCUGAGACAGGACCAUAGGCGCUGUCAGAAGGCGGUGGAGAGUGACCGCAGGAGGCUUUUGAGACGUUGCAUCAAUAAUUGGCACGUGUGGUGUCGGGUAGAACACGAGCGCAAGGAGCUUCUUAAAAUACAAGAAGAAACCAGAAGUAAAAUGGCUGCCCUGAUAAAUGCAGCAGCUUCUGGGAAGUUAGGAGCAGAGACUCCCACACCUCCACCAAACACCAACCCACCUGAAAACCUCAUUCAUUCUGAAAACAUCAGCCAUCAGCAGGAUAUGUCAGCAGCUCUAGAAAUCAGUUCACCUGUUUCACCAGCCACUGUGACUAACAAGAAUGGCCGAUCAGAUGCCCCGCCCACUCAGGCCUGGCAGGUAACGCGUCGGCACGCCACUCUCACGCCAGUUGAGCUUCGACAGGCCCGCGAUGGCCAACUGCAGCACACCACCACCCGAAGUCGAUGUGCAGAGCUACCUGGUGAACGAUUUAAACACCGCCAUGCGGCCUUGCAGCAAACCCUAGCCAAGCAAAAACGUCUCCUGAAAGAGCAACAGGAGCAAAUUCAGCAUCUGCAGGAGAGACAGAACAUGCUGGAACUGCGACAUGAUGCGGAAAAAAAUUCACUUUUAGCAGCAGGACUAACUGGAGAUUUGAGCACCUGCUCUGCACCUGUACCUAAUGCAGAUAUAGGAAGAGGAAGCACAGAAAAACCAAGACCAAAGACCGCCUCAGGAGAAAACACCACCAGCCGUACGGUCUGUAAAGCAGCUUCGGGACGCUCCAUACCUCCUCAUCCUUGUAUACAAGCAAUGGAAGAGCGAGCACGGCAGCGUGCUGAGCGCAGGAGAGAAAUGGAGGAGCAAAGAAGACAAAGACAAGAUGAGAAGCUUGCUCAAAUGAAGGCGGCUGAGGAGGAAAAACUUCGAUUGGAGGAAGAAGAGAAACAGAAAGAGGCUGAGAGGAAGAGGGAAGAAAAGAGACAGCAGAGAAAUAGAGAGCUCGAGAAGCAGAAGAGAGCAGAACAGGAAAAGGAACUGUUACAGCGAGCGGCCCAGCACUACCUCAACACCUUAUUACUUCACCGCGGUCUGGCACCAUGGAAGCGACUACUGGAGCAAAGCCAUAACAAUGAACAGAGAGCGGCAGAUCAUUAUGCACAGUGGCUUCAGAGACACUGCUUCUGCUCCUGGAUACAAGUUGUGGAUGAAGCUCAUGCAGAGAGAGAAUCCAAAGCUGUUCGGCUAUAUCAGCAGAUUCUGCUUCGGAGAGCCAUGUGUAACUGGAGAAGGUUAAAGGACAUGCGCUUUAUAUUGGAAGCGAGAGCCGAACGGUUGUACAAAAUUCGUACAGAAAGGAAAUUUUUCAUGGCUCUGCUGGAUCACACCACUGAACAACGACUGAUAGCUUGGGACAACCAGCAACGUGCAGAGGAGCAUGACGCCAGGAGAGCAGUCAAAAGAUGUUUCGCUGGCUGGAGGCGUCUUCCAGCUGUCUUACGAGAAGAAAAAGAACGUGAAUCUCGCAGGGAGGAGCUGAGACGUAAAGUGUCAGAAAUUCUACCCGACUUCCGCAUCUCUCCUAUUGACUCCCUGUGGAGCUCUGUAAAGCCUCUUUAACUAUAACACACAAGCUCC